CUGAAGAAGAUCCCGCUGCUCGAUUCCGUCGCCCGCAGCCUCGCCGUCAAAUUCAUUCAUGUCGCCGACCUGAUGGCGCACACCAAAAGGUCGCGCGCGGCGUACGAGGCCGACCUGCACGAUGCGGCCGCCAUCCACGUCACUUUUGGCACUCCGUUGCCCCCCUUAGACUCCCAUGUCCGCGACGACGGGUCGUAUGUUCCACUCCACAAACAGGAGGUAAGAGACGACCGCGGGAGGAGACGCCUUCAUGGCGCCUUUACUGGAGGUUGGAGCGCAGGCUACUUCAACACUGUCGGAUCAAAGGAUGGAUGGACGCCCUCGACAUUCGUGUCCAGCCGUACGAGUCGCCGAAAAGAUGAUCCUAAAGUAGCUUCGCAACGACCAGAAGACUAUAUGGACGACGAGGAUCUUGCAGAUGCGGCCGCUGCUCAGGACAUUCGAACUACGGAUCCUUUUGCUGCCCUGGGAGCUUCAGAGCCUGGCCAGCGUCACGGUUUCGGCCUAGCUGGACUGAUGCGCAACCAAGGCGACACUAUGGGCCUGAAACUUUUGCGGAAAAUGGGCUGGAAAGACGGUCAGGGUAUCGGCCCAAAAAUACGGCGAAAAGCCCGCCUGGACAUGCCUGGCGCUUCUCAUACGCCGGCGGAGGAAACCCAUCUUUUCGCCCCGGACGACGUUGAUAUGAUUGCCUUCUCUCGGAAGGCUGACCGAAAGGGAUUGGGCUUUGACGGCGAAACUCGCCUUUCACGAAUGUCUGGCUCCAAGGGCGCAAGGGAUCCUUCUGCCGCCUACGCAUAUCGCGACGAUGAAGCCCAGACUGGCGAAGCUGAUGAAGGAGAAGACGAAGACUCCACAACUGGACCAAAACUAUCAUUUGGGUCGUCAGGUAAAAAGAAGAGCAAGCAAGCACAACGCGGAGGCUUCGGGGUCGGUGUCCUGAACGACACGGGCUCUGACGAAGAGGACCCGUAUGAAAUGGGACCCCGAAUAUCAUACAAUCGAGUUCUUGGCGGAGAUAAGGCAAAGAGGAAAAAGAAGACGGCAAACGCCAGUGUAUCUGCAAACCCAACUUUGAGGUCCAAGCCCGUCUUCAUCUCGAAGCCAGCCUCCGUCGCCAAGGCUCGCGACAAGGGAAGGUGUCUAGAUGGAAGGCCACCUUUGAACAGCUUCACCCUCAGCCGAGUAUCAGGCGAAAUGACGGAUCACAUGGCUGAGCUAUACACGCCCCCCGCCAUUCCUCUCGGCUGGAUAUCGGCGAGGCUCAGGCCAUCCACAACAACGGCGACGUACGUCUCAACGGCAGAUGCUGCCAAAGCCGCUCAGCUCGAUCCUAAGUCUCGGGCAGCGAUACUUGGAGAAGCAUCUCUACCGGGCAAGUCGGUCUUUGAUUACAUGUCAACUUCUUCCAGAGACCGUCUAGCUGCGGCCUCGGGCAAGUCCAACCUGCCUCCGGCGAAAGGAGAGAUCCCAGCCGACUGGGCACGCCCGGCUGAACAGCUGCAAGACAGACUGAGAAAUCUGCCCAGCCUGGAUAAAGAAACCGCCGUCGCAGCGAUGAGCCGCGGGGCCGGUGCCGGGGGUCCGUAUGCGGAUAACGAGGCAAAACGCAGACGUUAUCGACUAUAUCUACAAAGCGCGGCCGGAUUCGGCGGUUCUCCCGUUAAGCCAUCAGACAUGACAGAUGAUGACUACCUCAAGGAGGUCCAGGAGUUCUACGGGUGCGCACAACUUUUCAAGCCGAUGACGGGGUUCAUGGCUUCAAGGUUCACAACGGCCUCGACGGGAUCCAAGGUCUCGACAGGGGCAGGGUCGGAAGCAGUAUCUGAUAAUGAAGGCCGGCAGACCGUCGCGUCGACCAAGCCACGUGAUCCCGCUGAAGAGGCUGCCAAGAUGGGCAUGUACGGGCGAAUGACCAGACUGACAGAAGAUUUCUACCCUACCAGGCUGCUCUGCAAACGCUUCAACGUCCGGCCGCCCGCACAUGUGCAGCCAGACGAAGAGUCGGGUGUAUCGACGGCAACGGCAACGGCAACGGCGACAGCGACAGCAUCGAUGCGGAGCCCCGUAUUAUCUAUUCCUGCUGCCGCGAAUAUUAUGGACGCGCAGCCAGCCCAGGUCCGCCCGACAACGACAACAAGAACGACAUUAUCCGAGGCACCGUUGCUGUACACUGUUCGAGAGCAGUUCGCGACUGCAAGCAUCGCCUCGCGACGAUCCGAGAAUCGAAUCAAUCCCGAAACCGCCACCACGUUGCCAGAUUUGCAAGACGCCAGGAACGGGCAACCCGUGUCCGCCCGGCUUACAGUCACCACCCUCCCAGGAGAACCUAACCUCCAUCUCGAAAGGAAAGACGACCAAGAUCAAGAUCAAGACCAAGAGCAAACCCAAGAAGCGAGAACAUCUACUACCCGAGCACUCUCCCCUCCACCUCAAUACCCCGCGUCCGAGGCCUCAACUUCGCGGCCACCGCCAUUCUCUUCUCUCUACGGCUCCUCCGAGACUGGCCCCGUCAAUCAACAACUUUGCCGCGCCAGUAACGCCGACGUUGCUACUGCCGAAUCUUCUUUCGCAGCUCCAGCCUACGCGCCCACACCUUCGCUCUUUUCCAGUGACGUAGCGACUUCGAGUUCUUUCGACCAGGCUCUUGCCGAAACCAAGCGCGCGCUUCCCCAGGAUACAAAGGGGGGCUCUUCCGCAAAGGACGACGACGCCGAACCACCACCAGCUUAUUCGGAGGGACCCAGUCCUCUCCAAUCCUUCACCUUCCUCAUGGCUACCGCCGGCGGCGCCUCGAGUAUUAUUACUCAGGUACAACAAGGGGGUCCGCCCAUCAAUGCGAUCGGAGAUGUUGGCGCCGACGAGACCAUCGCCAUGGACCUUCGAGGUACCAGGUUUGUUCUGUCCAGAGACGAACUCCUGACACUGCCUGAAUUUGUUCUUCUGUCUCUGUUCCCAAACGGACUCUUUCCCGAGGGGCACAUGGGAGGAUUUGCUGAAGGCGAUGCGGUACAGGUAGACUAUGACCCGGCAUCUUUGCAGUACAUGCUUGAUUUCUUCCGCACCGUUGCGCAAUCGAUACCAGCCGAGACAUCGCCUACCGCUUCACAAGAAGAGACUGCCUCAGCUGCCGAUCCUUUGGAAUCGAGAGAUGAUGCAUCCAAACGCGCAGGCAUCAUUGUCUUGAGAGAGGAUCUGGACUUCUAUGUCAUUCCCCCGCGAGCGGACAUCACACAACCAGAGAUGAUGGAGGUUAAGCGAGCCGCGGGUAAAGCGCUGCUUCAGCAAAGCGGUAUCUUCUCUGGCCUGAAGCGAAGCGACGAGCCGGGUACUACGGAGGCGCAUCUUAUUGAGAUGUUGACGGCAGGCGGAUUUAAUCAUGAUGACAACUGGGGCCACAGGGCUGGUGAGCCAAACAAGGCCGUUGUUUGCAGUCUGGCUCUUGCGCGGUUGCGUAGUGACAUUCGUGGAAACGACAUGGGGAGCAAUGCCGUGGGUAUGGCGCAGAAGCUUCUUCUUUUCUGGCGCAAGCCCGCCAGGCGAUGCUGGUGGGAAGGGGUCGAACUUGAAAACGUCGAGGGCGUUCCGGGUAAGCUCAAGGUCUGGAUUAGACGCGUCUGGACGCUGGAGAUGAGCCUGAACCAUGGAAUUGCGAUAUCGCCUGACGGGAAGACCCUCUACGCCUCCACAUCUCAAAGUGUAUUCUCAUGGUCAUAUGAUGCUGAGGCCGGCACCGUGGGAGAUGGCAACAAGACACUCGUCACCAACAUGUCCAACACUGACCACACGACGCGCACUCUCCUCCUGUCCGCAAAGCGACCAGGAACGCUGUUGGUGUCGAGAGGCAGCGCAUCCAACAUCGACGAUGACGCCGCAGUGCAAUCAACAGGCCACUCCCAGCUCCGCGCAUUCGACAUCGGCAGCCUCAACGACGGUUCGCGGCCGUUUGACUUCGCGACUCAAGGCACUCUGAUGGGAUGGGGACUGCGGAACUCGGUCGGGGUCGCGGAGGAGCCGGUCACGGGGGGCAUCUACACGGUCGAGAACUCGGCGGACCAGCUGCAGAGGGACGGGGUCGACAUACACCGGGACAACCCGGCCGAAGAGCUCAACUUCCACGGCUUCCUCAACGGGUCCACGGAGAACCAGGGAGGCAACUACGGGUACCCGAACUGCUUCGCAAUGUGGUCGACCGAUGGCUUUCCGAACAGGGGCAGCAUGAAGACGGGAGACCAGUUCACGCUCGCGCAGUCUCGGACGCUCAACGAUACCACCUGCGCCUCCCAGCACGUCUCGCCCAGACUGGUAUUUCAGGCGCACACGGCUCCGCUGGAUAUCAAGUUCACACCGAACGGCUCGGAAGCGUUCGUUACCUUCCAUGGAAGCUGGAAUCGGGAUGAACCCGUCGGAUACAAGCUGUCCAGCAUCCGCUUCUCUGACGGCGCACCCACGGAUCCCGCCGACAGCCAGACCUCGACGACGGACAUCUUGAGCAAUGCUGACCUGAACGAUUGCCCGAGUAAAUGCUUCAGGCCCGUCGGGCUCGCGUGGGACAACAAGGGCAGGCUGUUCAUGACGUCUGAUUCUACGGGGGAAAUCUACGUGCUUCAGAGAUCGGAUGUGUCGGUCUCAACUCCCACCGCAUCAACUAGUCCGACAUCUUCACCUGACGCUGCGGCAAGCCUGGUGCCACAACACUCUGCAUUAUUUGGGUGCUUUGCAGCUGCGGUUGUUUUCGCCUUUGGAGGUGCUGGUGUGUUCGGCCUGUUGUUCUAG